AUGCUACCCAUCAGUGCCUCUGAAGCUUCAAACUGGCCAAGUUUGUGCUUCCACUUCAUGCUCAAACGCAGCGCCAUGACCGUGUACGGCCAGUCGAGCUUCGACAUGUUCGCCAACCCUGUCGUGUCCGAUAACCAAGAUACUGUACUCUACGACGUCUUGGCAACGUUUAGUGACGGAUCAACGACACACAAGUACACCCUCAUCGACGGAAUUGGGUACUCUUCGACGGGUGACAGCGAAGUAAACUGCCUGGACUCAGAAGCGGGUAAACUACCGGCGGUUAACUCGAUCGUCGCAGCUCUAAAUGACGCUGUAGCUGUGUCCAGUGACUCUAUUGACUGCCCAAGUGGAAAAUUGUUCAAGAUCACCGUCCACGGUAUUGAUUUAGCACUGUGCGCUUCAGGUUCGUCCGGAUUCACGCUGUCUAACAGCGACAUGGACGUCACGGUGGAGUUUAUGACGAAUCAUAUCGCUAUCCAAGUACCGAGUGCAGAUAUGAGUGAACGAUGUGAGAAAGUGGCGUCUUCGACCGCUAUGACUUCAUUCGGAAAGUCUAUACUGACCGGCCAG